AUGGAGGCAGCCAAGCAGUCCGUUCAGGACCUAGGGGGUGAGAAGGCCCUGAAUGACGAUCGAGAGGACGAUUUUCGGUCGAUUAUCUCCGUACCCCCGUAUAGACCAGUAGCACGAGUUCACGCGCCGGAUGAGUGGAUCGACGACUAUUGCAGUGGAAGAGAGAAGCCGUUCGUCUAUUCCGGUGAUCAUCGCCACACAUCAGUACGAGUAGACUUGGAGGUUUACUCCGGUCGCGCUUUGGAUUGGUUUGAGUGGAUCGACCUCUUUCACUCACUCGUACACCAGACCGGCAAGGCGCCUGGAGAGAAGCUGGCGAUUUUGAAGAGGAACGUACGGGGAGAGACGGCCGAUUUAGUUUACGGAUUAGGUGGAGGUGCGCUGGCCUACAAGGAAUCCCUCCGACGUUUGAAGGGGACAUGUGGCAGCCGUGCAGUUAUCCGUGCAGCACACCUACAGGCCCUGGAUCGAGUCGAGCCACCGACGCCUGCUACAUUCCGUAGAUUUGCUGAAAAGGUGAGGACUCACCUCUUCAAUCUCACCUGGAUCGGUGAGACCGGCCAUGCUGAUUUGAUCGAGCGACUCACACAGAAACUUCAGCCCCACGAUCGGUUACACUGGAAUGACGGCCAGCGUGGAGGAUUGGAGCGUCGCACCAUGAACGAGUUUGGCCUCUGGUUAUGUACGCGAGCGGCUGCGUACCAGAAUGCCUAUUCCAUUGCCGCCGAGCAGCACCAGAGGAGCAACAAUCCAGCGCGGCCACCCCAGGCGGUAAACAACCCGUAUCAUCAGAAGAGACAUUCACGGGCCCAUCAGGCCUCCACCAAUCACAGGGCCGGACCGGCUCGAGGGGCUCCUGCCCCUACCCCUCGUGAAGGAACGACACCAGCACCCAAAACUCCGUAUUGUUUUAAAUGUGAGGGUGAGCAUCGGUUGGCUGAUUGCCAAUUCUUCAAGAAUAUGCCCGUAGCUGGACGAAUGACGUUCCUAAUGGUGCGCGGCCUGUGCUACUGUUGCUUCGGCGUGCGACAUGGAGCUAGCAACUGUAGCUUCAAGAAGGAAUGCGGCAAGGAUGGAUGUAAGGCGUUCCACCACCCUCUGAUCCACACUGACCGGGGACUUCCGGAGAGAACGGGCACCUCACAUUCUGCCAGAGCAACGUCCGGUACCAUCGCCUUUGGGGUGAUCCGCCUCGACGCCAUGAAUGCUGACGGGGAGCUGGUGCCCAUUAAUGUCAUGUUGGACGCCGGGAGCAACACAACUUUCAUCCGCGAGGGAUUGGCUCGUUCGCUCCGGAUUUCGGGCGAGCGACAGACACUUCGAGUCCAGGGAGUAGCUGACGCGGCCUCAACGCACCCGAAUUCAGAGGAAUUGUUUCUUCAGCUGAUGACGGCCUUCGGUGACAUAGUGACCCUUAAGGGCUCGACCCUGAAGACCGUGACACAGCCAGUUCCCGUGUACAAUUGGGAGCAGCUUCGCCACCGUUGGACCCACCUUAACGACCUGCCACCGCUACGCAGCUCUGGCGGAAGAAUCGACGUCCUGAUUGGUUUAAACCAUACAAGUCUUAUAACACCGACAGAUUAUCGACUCGGAGCCGACGACGAGCCAGCGGCUAUCAAGACAAGGCUAGGAUGGACAAUCCUUGGUGUGUUGGGAUCAGGAUCGACGACGGAGGCCCUCUGCCACCGUGCCUUUGCCUCUCCAGAUGUACACAUCACAGCGGAGUUGGUGGAACAACUACGACGGUUCUGCGACACCGAAUCAUUCGGCACCGAGUACCAGGGCGCGGGAAUGUCCACAGACGAUCGACGGGCAGUCGAUAAGUUGGAUGCUGAAACCAAGAAACUGGAUGUGGGUUACCAGGCCCCAAUUCUCUGGAAGGAUGAAGAGCCUCCAUUGUUGCCCGACAACCGCAGUGUAGCUGAUUCUCGGCUUCGUCCGCUUCUGAACAAAUUUGCAAGAGAUCCAGCCUAUGAGACACACUAUCGAGAGUCGAUGGCGAAAAACUUUGCGGAAGGUUACGCAAGGCGGCUGUCUACCACAGAGGUCGAGGAGCGGCCAACUCGAUAUUGGCUACCCCAUUUUGCAGUGCCCAAGGUUGCUGGGCGCCCUGAGCUGCGGUUGGUUUUCGACGCAGCUGCUAAGUACCGAGGGAGGAGCCUUAACGACUACGUCACACCGGGCCCAGCACUUCAAGAUCCGCUCCCAGCUGUCAUCCUACACUUCCGGGAGGGAGAGGUGGCGUGGUCGGCAGACAUAGGUGCCAUGUUCAGCCGCAUUCGGCUGGACGACAUAGAUCGUCGCUAUCUUCGAUUCCUCUGGCCGGAAGGAGAUGGAACGGUGACAACGUGUGAGAUGACACGGCAGACGACGCAGGACCAACGUGAGGCGGCCGCCGCCAUCCGGAAAUACCUGUACGUUGACGAUUACCUGGAUUCCAGCAAGACCACUGACGAGGCGCUGCGCCGGGCGACAGCAGUCAACAAGGCUUUGAGCAGUGGUGACUUCCACCUGACCCAUUGGGUGACCAACGAUGCACGCCUGAUGGAGCAGCUCUCUCUUCCAGAUCCAAAGGAGAGUAGUGUCAACACAGUGAACCUCGGCGCUGACGAUGCCGAGAUGGUCCUUGGCAUCACCUGGAGGCCUGCCACUGAUGCUUUAGGUUUUCGUGUCCGGUUAGCAGAGAUCAACUAUACCCGCGCCGGCCUCCUUUCAAAGGUGGCUGGAUUAUUUGAUCCCCUCGGCGCCGCUGCCCCAAUGACCGUGAAGGCCAAGAUACGACUACGCCACCUUGGGGUGAAAGGCUUGCGAUGGGAAGAUGCAGUGACUGGACUAGACCGUGAAUGGUGGGAGAACUAUUUCGACACAAUGGAGCAGCUAAGGACGGUGGAGUUUUCCCGCUGCCUUUUUCCGGAUGAAGACCAGAUCGUCCGGACCGAGCUGGAUACGUUUGUAGACGCCUCUGAGGAGGCCUGUGCCGCUGUAUGUUUUAUCCGCAAUGUCUACGGUGACCACCGAGUGAUCGUGCGUUUCAUCAAGGCAGUGACCAAGUUAGCUCCGUUAAAAACAGUGUCCGUGUGCAAGUUGGAACUGAACGCUGGUCUUCUUGGAGCGCGUUUGGCCCGUUUCGUGGAAUCUUCAUUGACCCGGAAGAUAGCAGCGCGUCGUUUUUGGACCGAUAGCAGUACUGUGCGCAAUUGGGUUCGGGCGUUGUCCGGUGACUACCAGAUUUAUGUGAGCAACCGUAUUGGCGAGAUCCAGACCCUAACGGAUCCUUCAGAGUGGCGUUUCGUUUCAGGAGUGCUAAACCCAGCAGAUGCUGCGACCCGCUCUCAACUGGGUGACCGGGCAAUCCCAGCGUGGUGGUUGGACGGACCACCCUUCUUGUAUCAAGAGGAGACGGCCUGGCCACAAGACCUCCCCUGGACCUUGGAGAAGGCGGAGAUGCGUGGGGCCCGCGCCCAUUUGAGUGAUGUUGUGGCAAAGACAAUAGUGCCAUUUGACUGGAAGACGUUGAAGAUAGCUGCCGGCGACGUGCCCACUCUCAUUAGGUUAGAGAAUGACUAUCUCGAUCUUGUCCGACGGUGCCAGCGGGAGACCUAUCCUGAGGAGAUUAGCAGACUCGAACGUGGAAAGGCGAUCCGUCCUACAUCAACCUUGCAGCCCUUGACCCCCUUUUUGGAUGCUGAGAGGGUGUUGCGGCUGGGAGGGCGUCUCAGUCGAGCGAAUUUACCCUACGAGGUCCUCCACCCACCGAUCCUGAGUGGCCGACAUCUGUUAGCGCGAGCAAUCAUCCGAGCCUUUCACGAGCAGCUUCAUCAUUCCGGAACUGACAUGGUGCUUGCCCAGGUGCGGCAACAUUUCUGGGUCACAGCAGGAAGAGAGGCGGUCAAGAGAGCUCGCAACGAGUGUCUGGCGUGUCGGCGUUUCCGACCCAAAGCAGCAUUACAGAUGAUGGCGGACGUUCAUAAGGCCCGUCUAGGUGCGCACCAGCCUCCGUUCACCUAUACCUCCGUCGACUAUUUUGGCCCUAUUGACAUCGCCUACCACAGAGGGACGGCCAAGCGAUGGGGCGCCCUGUUCACGUGCCUAGUGACACGGGCCGUGUACACCGACGUGGCGAUCUCUCUAUCAGCCAAUGAUUUCUUGCUGGUCUUGCGUCGUUUCGUUUCUAUCUACCGCAAGCCAGCUGAGAUGUUCUCCGACAACGGAACUAAUCUAACCGGGGCGGAGCGACUACUACGUGAGGAGCUGGAGAGACUAAAGGAGAGUUCGGCGUUGGAGACGGAGCUCAAGGCUCUCGGGAUUCGAUGGUGGUUCCAGCCAGCCCAGACACCCCACUUUGGUGGAGCUCACGAAUCGCUGGUGCGAUCGGUCAAGAGAGCGCUCUAUCCCGUGCUGGACAAGGAGAUGAACGGGCAGCGUAAUCCAAGUGAGGAGAUUCUUCGGACGCUCCUGUUUGAAGUGUCGGGACUGCUCAAUUCCCGCCCACUGACUUAUGUCAGCUCAGAUGCUGACGAUAUUCGGCCCUUGACGCCGAACGAUUUUUUGAAUCGCGCCCCAAUUGCGGAUCUACCGGCGGGAGAGUUCUCUCGAGCCUUGCCACGGGACCACUACCGGUACGUUCAACGGAUGGCUGACCGCUUCUGGGAGCUGUGGCAUGGAGCAUUCCUACAGUCCAUGACCUCGCGACGCAAGUGGACAAGACCAGCCCCAAACCUAGCGGUUGGCGACUUCGUUCUCGACGACUGGAAGGAUGCACCACGCGGGCGCUGGCGGACCGGAAAAAUUGUGAGGACAUAUCCGGGAAAGGAUGAACUAGUUCGAGCGGUGGACGUCGAGUUUCCGACAGGCAUAUUGCGCCGGGGAGCUAAUCAGCUUGCCUUAUUAGAACCAAGCUCACUCGCUCCGGAAGCCGGAUCCAGUUCGGGGGAGGAUGGUUCGGCGACUGCUGUUUAG